AUGCUCGAUCACUGCUCCAUCUUGACCCAAGGCGGUCUCGUGCUGUGGGAGCGCUCGUUCACUCCGUCCGCCUCUCCCUUCGACACCCUUAUCCGCGAGGCUUUGAUCGAGCAGCGUUCGACCUCGACGACGACGACAACCGCCGAAGGAGCCGUCUCGCGCUGGGACAAAGACGCCCACUCCCUCCUCUGGCUCCUCGCCAACGACCUCGACCUUGUCUUCUGCGUCGCCUACCAGCGGAUCCUCUCCCUUCCGUAUGUCGCAGACCUGCUCGAGGCCAUCAGGAAGGCGUUCCUGAAGGCGUACAGGGAGACGGUCGAGGCGAUUGUCGAGUCGACGAGGGGAAAGGAUGUCCUCGUUCUUGGUGGAGCAGGUGGGGGCAAGGCUGCGUUUGGCUUGUUCGGACAGAAGGGGUGGCAGAAGGUGUUUGCGGGAUGGGACGAGACGUUCAAUCGCAUCUUGCGCGACUUCGAGGCGAAUGCGGCCAAGAACAAGAAGACGACCAGAUCACGAACAGCAGCCGUUGCGGAUUCGCCUUCGUCUUCUCCCGGAGACAGCGAAGCAACGACUCCUUCACUUGCAUCACCUUCAGCCGGCGAGACGCUCGACGCCCAGACGAUAGCGAGGAACAUUGCUGCGCUCAAGGCUCGGCAGAAGGCGGCGCAGAAGGGCAAGGCGGGCGGGCGGCGGUCGAUGACGCCGGGAGGAACGGAGUCGGAGGGCGGUGGAUCAGAAUCGGACGCGACGCCUACGAAGCCGCGCACUCGAAAGGCCGCGACCAAGUGGUCGGACUCGCCUAUCACCGAAGCCGACCUCGCCGCAUACGACUAUUCCUCCGACGCGCCAGGUUCACCGGCUGCGCCUGGAACGCCGCAGAAGGAGGUCGAGGUGGACACGAAGGCGCUUGUUGACCGUGGCGCGAUGGGCAAGCGGGAUGCGAAGAGCGGGCUGUACGAGGUGGCAGAGUAUGCUGUUGGGGCCGGAUCUGACGACGAGGAUGAGGACGACGCUGUGGCAUCGACCGCGCAGGGCGCGACUUCCGCGCUCGGUUCCUUCUUCUCCCGACUUUCGCUCUCACCUCGCGCCCUUACCGCCGCCGACCUCGCACCCAUCCUCAGCGCCAUGCAGCAACAUCUUAUGUCGAAAAACGUCGCGAAGGACAUCGCCGAACAGGUCGUCCAGAGCGUGGGCAAGUCGCUCGAAGGCAAGAAGGUCUCGUCCGGCAGCGGACUCUUCGGCGGCGGAGCGGGCAAGAAGGCGGUUCGAGAAGCGAUGCACGACGCGCUCGUCCGCAUCUUGACGCCCAAGACUAGCACGGACCUCCUCCUGGAGAUUCAGCGCAAGCGGUCCGCCUCGAACGCCAAGGGCGCCGUCGCUGAUCCCUAUGCGAUUACCUUCGUUGGCGUCAACGGCGUCGGCAAGUCGACGAACCUGUCGAAGGUCGCGUUCUGGCUCUUGCAGAACCGCCUGCGAGUCUUGAUUGCGGCUUGCGACACCUUCCGUUCGGGUGCGGUCGAGCAGCUGCGGGUGCACGUGCGGAAUCUGGGCAAGCUGGAGGAAGAACUCGAGGGCGAGGGUGCGGCGAAGCGGGUCGAGCUGUUCGAGAAGGGCUAUGGCAAGGACGCAGCUGGUAUCGCAAAGGACGCGCUCGCUUACGCCAAGCAGCAAGGCUUCGACGUCGUCUUGAUCGAUACCGCAGGUCGGAUGCAGGACAACGAGCCUUUGAUGCGCGCUCUCGCCAAGCUCAUUGCCGUGAACCAGCCCGACAAGAUCAUCUUUGUCGGCGAAGCCCUCGUCGGAAACGAAGCCGUCGACCAGCUCACCAAGUUCAACCGCGCCUUGCGGGACUUCUCCGGCUCGGCAGGUGUCAGGAGUAGCGCUGGUGCGGCGGCGGGCGAAGGAAGGGGCGUGGACGGGAUGAUCCUCACCAAGUUUGACACGAUCGACGACAAGGUCGGCGCGGCGCUCUCGAUGACCUACGUAACCGGCCAGCCCAUCUAUUUCGUCGGAACCGGCCAAACCUACUCAGACUUGCGGAUGCUCCGCGUCGGCCACAUCGUCCAGGCUCUCUUGCAGGACUAA